CGAUUUUCGAACCAAACAGUUCGCUGAAAGAACGCAUUGUGAAAGAAGUGUUUUUCUUUUCGCGGACGCAGUGAUAAUUUCGUGAAAGAAUUUGGAAGUUGAUUCUGAUUUUAUUGGUUGAUUACUGUGAAUUCCGAAUCGCUUUUUGACGCGGAACUAAAUGAAGUGUUCUGCAGCAUUAAAACGGUAGUCAACUUACUACGGGACAACAUCGUGCCAUAAAUAAUCAUGGCUGAGGAAGAAGACCGGUCAGUCCGCUACGAAGAAGUAUGGAACCGGGUCAAAAAGUACAUCCCGUUCCUGCAAGAGCUGAUCAGCUACUACAAAAACGAUACGCAUCAGAACCGAGAGCAGCAGCUGCAGAAGAUCAUUACCAUCUACGAUCUGCUCACCAACCAGAGGCUAAAUUGCCAGUCCCUGUUGAAAUGCGAGAACGUGCUGAUCAAGCUGUAUAAAACGAAUCCACUGCAGAAAAAGGGUGUAUCUGCGGCAUCAUCUGAAGGUCCUUCGUCAAAGUCUUCAAAUGAACCAGACACUCCUGCAUCGCCCGGUGACCCUGAAGAUCAACUUGUAACUGAUCAAAAAGAUCGAGAUGCCUCGGAUGCUUCAGAUGAUCCUCCAGGCUUGGUAUCGGGUACACCCACUAAGACCAAGGUUUCAUCUGGAGCAGACCCAUUGACUUCGGGUACUCCAGCUGAACCUGACACUCCAGUCGAACCGGAUACCCCGGCCGAGCCGGAAUCCCCAGCUGAACCGAAUACUCCAGCCGAGCCAGACACACCUGCUAUACCCGAUACUCCGGCUGAACCCGACUCACCGGCCGAGCCGAGCUCACCGGCUGAACCUGAUAUCCCAAAUGAUUCCAUAUUGGAACCAUUGAGCCCCGAUACCGACAGCGAGUACUGGGACGAUCCUCCACCAAGGAGCAGCAAAGGUGCCAGUGCCAGCAAACCUCCACUGUCGUUGGAUGAAAUUCAAAGACUGAUUACGAACAAGCCAGAGCAAACGAAUCCCAGAAUCCCGAAUAACAACCUAUCAAAGGUUAUCAAUGAUACCUUAAAAGUUCUCUCCAAGGAUUUCCAAAGACCGACGUUCACGGGAAACGAACGCAAUCCGUCGCCGCCAUCCGACGAUUUUCACAAUGCUCGGAAUCGUAAUGUUCCUUAUUCGCCAACAUAUCCACCGCAAAUUUCUCCCAAUCAGUCGUUUUCCGGUUCCCCCUGGGAAGUGGGCAACGAUAGCUUUGGUACCUUCCCACAUCCAGUGAAUAACUCAUUCCGGAACUUUCCCAACCGGAACAGUAACAAUAUCGAAAUAAUUCCGCGACAGCAGUCACCUCCAUUGUACCGCCGUCGUGAUGAUAUGCAUACGCAAAUGGACCAACGCUUUCCAGAUGACAGAAUGGAUAUCUCACCAUCAUAUUCUUCACCUUCAGAAGGCCGAUCAGCAGGAGGGCUGCCUGCCAUUCCGAUGGCAAACAUCAAAGAUCCACGUUUGAGGAAAGCUGUGGAAAGCAACAUGCACCUACAUUCCCCUGAAUCCGGAGGACCUACCGGACCAAGUCCAUUUUUCCCGACUGUUAAGCCAAACGAUCCCAGGUUUAACCGAACAAACACAAUUGCUCCACCACCACCGACAACCCCAAAUGAACUGCCCAAGUGUAUUGCUCCGAACCCCAAUUUGCCGCUGGAAUUUCCCAAAAAAGAUCCUCCCAAGCGACGGCUGAGCAUAUGUGCUAAUCAGGUCAUUAUCGAGGAAAUACCUCCUGAACCGAUUAUGCCACAGAGGCCAUUCCCCCCUCGCCGGCAAAGCGUGUGCCAAGACUUCAACAACCGCAAUGAUGAACCAUUCCAUGGUACAUCGUUUUUGCCUCCGCCUCCACUCCCGGCACCACCAACCCAACCAAUGAUGCCUCCACCCCCUCUACCGCCACCAGAGCAUUAUGGCCAACCCCCUCCCCCACCCUCGAUGCCCUUACACCCGCCACAUAUGCAACCAACACCAACGAUCCAUUCAACAGAACCUUCGAUAGUCGAACGAGAUCCGCGGCGGAAACAUAUGCCUCUUGGUGGCGAGUUUAUCAAGCCACAUCUGCCACAACCGCAGCAUCAUCAGCAUCACAAUCAACACCUUCCCAAUCGUUUCGAUCGACCAAUCCCAGGGCCCAGCAAGGCACCUCUAACAUACCUGGAAUAUCGUCGUCAGAAAGAAAUGAACGAGAAGCAGAGAAGGGAGCAGUUCAGGCAACAAAAAAAUCCGCAAGGAGAUCAAACCAAAGAUGGAGGAGAUAAGCAUGCUGAGCAGAAAGAAGACCAGCAAAAACACGACAAAGAUAAGAAGCAGAACGAGGAGAUUGAUAUCACCAUUGGCAUGGUUCCUAACAAAUCCAGAGUAUCAGCGAAAGCGUAUGCCAAACCCGUCAAAUCCCUCGUACAGAAGGAACGUCAAUUUGCUCCUCCAAUGAAGGAUAAGCAUCGGACCGACCACAAGUUUUCAUCCAAGUCACACAAAUCUGAGUCCUCGUCAACAUCACACAAGUCAGACAAGAAACGUGAAGAAGUAGAGAAGGAGAAAAUUAAGCCUGUGCCAAAGUCCAAAGACCUAUUCGGCGAGCAACUUUCGCAGUUUGAUAAAAUGUACCGCAGUGGGGACUUCUCCAAAAAGGCGGCUCCUUCGUCAGGCAUUGGGGGAUUCAAAAUUCCUAAAAUAAAGCGUGUUGAAAAACCAGAACCACCCGUCAAACCUGCGGAAGUUGCUCAGCCGGCAGAUAAGCACAAGAAGAAACCUAAGUCCCCGGAGACGUCGAAGAUCAUGGAUGACGAUGAUGAAUUGUGGGACAGCGAAAGCGUCAAGAAACCAGUCGAUAACAAACCAAAACAGAAGGAAAGUCUCAGUAAGAAGCAACCGCCUGCAAAAAUUCAGUCACUCGAAGACGAUGAUCUUUGGGAUACGGAUUCGAGCUUCACUGUUAGUGAGUGCGAUCAAAAUUCAUCUGUACGACUCGACACAACGAUCGAGUCAGAGGCCGAGAAAACAGAAGAUAAACCCAAAGAAGAUCACGUAGAGGAGUCGAAGAAAGAUCUGGAAGAAAAGCCGCAGGAAUCAAUAGUCGAAAAACCAAAGGAUGAAUUUCAAGUUCCCACCCUGCCGGCCCCUCGACGAAUAUUGCGUAGGCGCAAUUCGGUAGCGAUUCAUCAUAACGAAUCAGACAAGUGGAACAAACCGCCCGUGCCAUCCCUGAUUCUACCGCCCCGUAUCACUAGGCGUCGUAACUCAAUAGCUGUGUCGCAACUUGAAGACGAUGUCAGAAAUACGGAAAAGGUUGAGAAGGAAGCACCUCCGGCGAAACCAAGCAAGCAACAACCACAGGCGGAAGUAGAACCGGAAGAAGUAGUGCGACCGAAACGAACACGCAAGCGAAAGGCUAUCAUCGAUGACGAUGAUGAAAAAGACGUCAGUAAGGCGAAUGUCAAUGUUGCUUCUUCGGAUUUUACCUCGGCUGACAACAAGGAGCCAUCUACAUCACGGGUGUCGCCGGUUUCACCAACGGAGGAUAGCAGUGAUAACGUCGUUUCGAGUACUACCAACGAUACGACUGCCAAGAAGCGUAGGCAACGCAAAAAGAAGAAGGUGGCUACAACGGCUAACGACACAUUGGAGGAGCAAGAAGAUGCACAUGAAGAGACCAUUCCAUCCGCUGAAAAUGACAGCGUGACAGAUAACAAGAAUGAUGUACAAAAGGUCGAUCAGCAAAGCGAAGAAGCCAAAGCAAUAAAAGAAGAAAAAGAGAACAAGGAAAUGGUGGAAGGAUUGAUGAAAACUUUGGACAACAAAGCCCAGCUAUUGGCAAUGUUGCGCGAUAUGCUGGAUGAGAAGAAGUUGAAGAAAAUCCAAGAAAUCAUUGACAGUCCGAAUGAUAAAUUUGCGGAGGGCAAUUCUGAUGAACCAUCCAAACCCGACGAGUCGGAGAAUGUUGGUGAAAGUAGCCGGGAGCGAUCAGAAUCAACAUCGAUAAGCUCAACCAACGAAGUCUUUGAGAAGAAAAAGCAAACGCCAAAGGCUAAGAAAUCUGAACUGGAUAAGCUUAACGAAGAUAUCGCAGAAAUGUACAUAAGGGACGGAGUGCUGGGUGCUACGGGACGCCGAAGUUGCACCAGGCGCAGGGAAGAUGUACCGCUUGUGAAAAAAACCGUAGCUACAAGAAAGUCUGCCUCAGCUUCAGUAGCGGAAGUUAAACCUGCGCAGGUCGCGAAACCUGUACAGGUUCCAAGUGCUAAAACUAUCCCACCUGAAAAAGCUGAACCAGCUCCUGUGGUAAAGGUUCUUGAGAGAGGUAUGGAACUCGACUUAACUGAGAAACAUCUUAUGAAACCGUUGAAAGUGGUAAUUCAAAAAAUCGAUUCGUCCCAAAUAGAGAUGCUGUCAAACCGCAAACGAAAGAAGGCAGUCACUGAGGACGAUCAAGUCUCGAUAGCUUCCAGUGGAACGUCGAUUUCGCCGAAAUCCAAGAAAAAGAAGCGCAAUGUUUGGGCAACAGGCUUCAUCCAGAGGCGCAAGAAAAAAUCUGAAGCCAAGGCAACCCCUGCUUCUCCGUUGAAAUCGUACGCUGCGAAACCAGUGACCAAGAAUGUGAGCCGUGAACUCAAUUGCAAGAGCGACAAAUCUAAAAGUUGCGCCCUUUGUUCCUAUACCGGUUCGCUCACGGGAAUUGUUCAACACUAUGUACGAUAUCAUCCAUUGCAUGAGGUAUAUGUGAGCCGAGUACCCAACAUAGUGGGUGCCAAACUUAAGAAAGAUCCAAUGCUUGUGACAGGCACUAUGAAAGAGCAGAACAUUACAUUCAAAUGUAUCUUCUGCCAAGAAGAGCUUAGUAAGAAGAAGUAUAACUGGAAGCUGCAUCUGGCCAGUCAUACCGGAGAGUACAGAUACAAGUGCACAAACUGUACGAUCAAAUCGCUGGCUCCCAGUACCAAUGCUCACGAUAGCGAAUGCGUUGGCCCUGCCAUGGAGGUAGUGAACGAUGUGAUGUUCGAAGAUAACCACAUUUACGGUUACAUGUGUCGAUUGUGUAAUUAUGUUCAGCUGUCGCGAUCCAAACUUGAUACACAUCUAAAGGAAGAACAUGGACGCAAUAUCACUGGUAAAGGCACACUGCGGUUCAGCAUUUUGAACUACGAAGAAGAAGUUGACCAAUCAAAGUCUCAAGAAACUCUCGAAUCGGACAUUUCGAUGCCGGAACUUACUCCCCAAGUAACCGCACCUAGCCAAACCGACAUGUCCGCCUUCAUUUCGAGUGCAAGUGACGAAAUUGAGUCACUUAAAGUGCUUACCGAUCGCAAUUUCGCAUCGCCGUCGAAACCAUCGAUUGCCGACAAGCUGAAGAGGAACUUCGAUGAAAUGAAUCGCAAGGAUGCUGAAAGGGUCGCACGAGCAGGUGAUGAUGAUGAAUGGGAAGACAUCGAAACGCCACCCAAAGAUACUUCAUCUCAAAAAGCAACACCGAAACAGGCAGAAAAGGCUAAACGAUCGUUGGUUGGAACCACAUCACCUUCUCAAGAUAUUCCAAUGCCAGCGCCUCUUGCACUGAAAAAUGAAAAAGAGGACAUAUUUGAGCAUAAGCAAGUGGUGGCGAACGUUGGUUUCAGUAAAACUAACGACCGAACCUGGUAUCUUUGUUUGAUUGGAGAUUGUAAGUUCGCAACCGAAGCACGUUCGGAGAUGUAUUCUCAUGUCGAGGAACUGCACGGGAGUAUUGUUUGGGAUGGUUACUGUUACCUGUGCACGGCCCAGGUCUCAACCGAGGACACCAGCAUCCUUGCCAAAGAAGUCAAGCACAUGGCGGUCAUUCACAUCAAAGAUAGGACUGCUUUCGAUGAGCUAAAUGAACCGGAUGUGGCCAGCACAGUAUUAAGUAUGCUCGAAGAAGAACGCUCAACACUCAAACUUCGCAGAUUCUCUGGGGACAAACUCUCGAUUGGUGUUCCUGAAGAGCCGAUCAAUUUAAAACCCUGGCUAGAGAAGCCAACAACAAAGAGUCGCGCUCAUUGUGAAAACAUGCUGGAAUCGAGGAGUUUGUUCUGCUUCUUCAAAUGCAUGGGAGAUGGUUGCUGCUUUACCACCACGAUCGAGGUGGCGAUGGAAAAGCACAUCGACAAUCACGAGCUGGUCGCAGACGUUACCGGAACUUCUACGAAGAGUUGGUUAGAAUGCGCCUAUUGUGAUGUCAUCACUGAGGAUCGGACCGAUCUGUUGCGGCAUCUGCGGAUUGUCCACAGUAACAGCGCUUUCCAGUGUGCCUAUUGCUUCUACCGAAGCCGAGAAGCGUAUAACGUGAUACUGCACCAGAAGCUCCACCACGGAACGCAAAAACCGCAGGUUCUGGUGAACGAAGCCGACAAGCGACCGUUGACAGCGGCAGACUACGAAAGGCUGAACCGGCGGCCGAUCGACAACAUACUUCCGCUUAUUUGUACAGUCUGCAAUGCCGAAUACUGCGUUUUGGAUGCGUUCAUGUCCCACCUGAAGGAUGAACAUGCGGACGUGACGACGAUUGUGUGCCAGUGCUGCAAGGAAAACAUCCAGAAGCUCAAAAUCCCACGGCACCUUUUGGUGCACAAUAUCGGCAUAUACGAGUGUAUCUAUUGCCACUUCGGAAGCAACACCAUGGAAGCCGUGCAAACCCACGUGGUCAAUCGGCACCCGCAGGAGCCGCUGUAUUGCUGCAUUCGUUACAAUAAGACUCCGGGAAAGGUGAAGGAAGCAUCCCUGAAAUCGUUAUUCGAGGUGGGUGUCGACGAGAGCGCUAUGGUUAGUUGCACGUUCACAACGGAAGAACUCAACUACAAGUCAACCGACACGAAGAGUAAUCGCGAUAUCAACUUCGCUGCAAAGACGGGUGUGAUUCCGUUGCAAUUGCCGCCGAUUCGCAUCGGAGGUGCAAACAUCCUUCUAAGCGCUCAGAUACCAUCGGUAUCGAGUACCGAUUUGGCGAACCAGUCGGUGGUUGUUACGACCCAAGCUGCUGAGGUCGUUAAGAUGCCCAUGAUAUCGUCCGUUUCCGGUGGUGUUUCACUCCCGGGCAAUUCAUCCGUACCGAUCAUCACUGCAGUCCAAGGAAACUACCAAGAACCAACGACCACUACAGCUACACAUCAAGCGCCAAUGAUUAUGCCUGUGAUAUCGCAGGUAGUGGGAGGUGCAACCGUUCCUCCCGUCAGUAUGCCUAUCAUCACCAGGGUAGAAGGUGGGGUCGGCGACAUGGUGUCAGUAAGACCUGCUUCCUCCUUGGUAGGUACCAAAAUUAUAAUCUCGCCGAACAAGGGGUCCGGUGUUCCAAUCAUUACUAACGUAUGUAGUAUCGGUCCUUCGACAAAUCAGGUCCAAGCUCCGAAGGAGGACGACGCACUCAUGUUGGAAGCGGAGCGUGUUGCAAUGGAGAUGAUCAAGGAUACGGGGCUGCCAAAGAACGUCAUUUACAAAUGCGUCUUCAAAGGCUGCGCUUCGGUGUUACCGGACGGCAUUGGAAUGCGGAAACAUUUGACCUUUUCUCAUUUGCCAUCUACACAGUACACUUGCAACCAUUGCAAGGGUAAGCUAUCGUUCCAAAAUGUCAUGAACUUCACACAACAUCUCAAGACCCACGAAGCACAGCGCAUUUUCUGCUUUAUGUGCGACUACAAGGGCUCUUUCCCGCCGGAAGUGAUAAAACACGUCAGAGAUGUGCACAAGACCAGCAAGCCAACGAUUCUGUUUCUGAACCCGAAGAAAAACGAUCCCAACAAUGAUAUCAUUCUGUUCGCCCCUGGAAUACCCACCGAUGCGGAGCGGAAGGCUUACUAUAAAAAGCUGAUUGACUUAUACAAUCAUAAGCUCCAGGCCGCACUGAUACAUCUCAAGACCCAUUUCGCCCCAGAAGAGUGCGAAAGUCUGCCCAAACAGGCGAUAUUUAGUCAAACGGUAUCGUGCAGCAAAUGUCAGUACAGCACCAAAGUACGACUAAACAUGUAUCGACAUUUGAAGGGACAUUUGGAACGAUAUUCCAGUAUCGAACAUGGAUCCCAAGAAUCCAGUUCCGUGCUGGGGACAGGGAGAAAAGCACUUUGACCGAAUGAGAAAUCCUGCCGCUAGCUCACAAGAAGAUGAUGACCUGAUUCAAUCGCUGUGUUUCGUACAGGAGAACAAACGCUAUAUAUGCGGAGCCCCGGAUUGUCAUUAUCUAACCAUCAAUGAAACCAUGCUACGGAACCAUUUGAGCACUCUGCACACUGACGUAAAGGAAUACAAAUGUCCCCAUUGUCCGGCAGUGCAUAUCUUUUCCGCGCAGCUAAAUGUUGCCAAAAUACUAGAGCACCUGAAGCUACACGACAAAGAACUGUAUCGAUGCGGCAAGUGUAGCAUUUUCAUGAACAAAAAGAACGAAAUCGAGCUGCACGUCAACGACAAACAUCCAGGGCAAAAUGCAGCGGUCUACGUGAUUCGCGAUGGAAGCACUGCCGGCAGUGCUGCAUCCGCCGGAACAUCCGAGGAUGGUGUCGUUUUCAAAUGGAAGUGUGACGUUUGCAAGUUCAAGAGUCCCACCCUGGGCGAGAUGAAGUCGCACAUGCAGGAAACUCAUAGCAUCACAAGCAAGUAUCGUUGUUCCAGGUGUCUGUUCAGCUGUUCGAACAAAUCGGCCUUCACCACUCAUUUUCGAAAACCAGCAUCCUGGUUGCGAAAUAAUCAUCAUAUCGCUGUACAAAGCGAUAGAAGGUGACGAUAGCCGAGCGGAUACGACGCCUCUUUGGCGAAGGGAAACCAGCAAAACGCGUAGCAUUCGUGGAAUUAUGCUGGAAGACGAAGAUGAGGAUGAAGAUGAAUCGAUGCUUCCCGAAAUGGCGGCCAUAGCUGUCGAUUCCCAACCGGGACCAAGUGGACUCAACAUCAAUCGAAAACGCAGAAGUACUGAAAACAGUGAGUCCGAAGUGUCACCAAAGAGGGCCAAAGAAGAUAGCUACAAUGCUGCAGUAAGAGCGUUCAAGUGUGGCUUCAAAGGUUGUAGCUACGUAAAUGACUUCGGUGCUGGAAUUGUGACGCAUUUCCGCACAGCACAUCCCAACGAAAAGCCAUCCGUACUGAGAAAUGCCCUAGCUAAUCCAGAACAGUCUCGUUUCGACUACUUCAUGAAGUAUGCUUGCUUUUACUGCGUGAAAAAGGCAGAUACCAUCCAAGAUUUGCUGGCGCACUGGAAACAAAUGCAUAAAAUUGCCGGCCGACGCAGUCAGGAUAAACCGUUCCUUUUCCGUGCAUCGAAGAUCAUUCUUUGCUUCUACUGUCGCAAGGGAGCUGUGAUGCCCGAAAUGAAGUCGCACUUUGCCUCCCAGCAUCCAGGCAAACAGCCCAUCUAUCUGGAUUUCCGCAACCCGAAACGUUGCGCCGAAUGUGAUUUCACAAUGGGAAUCGAAAAAACUGAUAUGAUUACGCAUUUUGCUACACACCACCAGAAAGAGAAUGAAUACGCCAAUGGAUGGAUCGAUUUCCUUACUGACGACGUGGUAGACAAAAUUCUCCAACUCAACAGCGUUGUCUACCGUUGCGAAAAGUGUGAUUUCAUCACGGACAACAAAACCGAUUUCACCAUCCAUUACGCCACGAAGCAUCCCGGAUUCCGCGUGGAGUUCAACGAAUACGAAAUGGAGAAAUGUGUCGUCUACUAUUGUGCGUUCAACAGCUGCAAGUCCAGUCAUAAUUCGGCACAGGAGUUGGCUCAGCACAUUCAAUUCCACAUCCCUCUGUUCAAAUGUCAGUGUAAUACGUCGCAGUGCUCGGCACAGUUCCGGUCGUUUGUUAUGCUGAUGCAGCAUUUCAAUGCCACCCAUCCUCAGCACGAUCUGCACUAUGCUCUGAAAACUCCGGACGAGUACAAGGCUGUACUACGUUCAAUCAAUAUCCAAUUCUGGAACGGCUUUGUGAUGACACUGGAUGAUGCAAGGCGCGCCGGCAAUCGCUAUGGAAGCUACGACCACUUUUUCAAGUAUAUCGACGAGCUUUGCGCCAAAUCCGUGGCCGCCGCAUUACCAUCCAGUUAGGUUUAAGUAUUUCCCAGCUAUCAUGCGAAAUAGAAGUACCGUCAUUGAUCACUACAGGUACAGAUUUCGAAUAUCGGUGUAAAUAUAUGUUCAAGUUUCUUCUAAA